CGCGAAAUUCAGGUUGCUGGUUGUCAACAAAAGUAUGUUGCAAAAGUCACGCAAAGCGUUCUCUGCUUCAAAUUCAGCUACACUUUGUCUUUGUUAUCUCUGAUACUUGGACAUUAGGGGGACUCCUUGUCGGUGUUAAACUCAGUUAAAACAAGGACCAUGGGCAAAAGGGACGGUGAGAUAUUGGCGUUUAUCCAUUUCGUUGUGACGGAGAUGCGACCAAUAUGGCUUCUAUGGUACACAGUUUACAGCACGUUUGAAGGUAUUCUCACGGGUACCUCCAUCACGACCGCCUACCGUCAACACGAGGUGACAAAAUGUUUGCAUGAAGAGAAACUGAGUGUAGGAGAGAUUGAAGAUUGCGCUAAAUCAGCGUACGUAAGAUAUCUCGCUUCGGGUCCACAGAUACCUUUCGAUGAGUGCGGGGAGCAUUGCGAAGGCGCGUUAGUUGGAGUUGACGUUCCUGAGCCACGAAUAAUGUUCUUUUUUAUGACAAUCUGGCUCUUUGGGUUCCUGCUUGUACUUUUGAUCUAUUUUGCCUACCGUCAUCCCAAUUAUCACACAGGCAGCUACAUAAAGUUUACCCAAAAUCUUUACGGAUGCAAAGCAUACAAGCUUGUUGCGAAUUGCACAUUCGUGGUGUCUGUCUUGGUGAUAAUUGUUGGGAUCGUGAUCUUGAUUAAGAAUAAUGAAGAUUGGACCAAGUAUAUCAUCGCGCUGAUGCUGAUGGUAAUGGCCUCCAGAAGUCUCGUCCGUUGCAAGAGCAACGGCGUCGAUAUCAAUUCCGAGAAAUUCUGUCAGCUGACGAUCUCUCGUGGAAACGCGCUGAUGAGGGUGUUGAAUUUGUUUCUGACCACCAACGCUGAUCUCUAUGAUGAACUGGAGGUACAGGUUAUGAAGAAAGGGCUUCGGCGUGAUGUUGCCGCUGAACAAGACGAACGCGUGGUGGGUUGCAAGGGAAUACUUGAUUGGUAUCCGCUCAGUGACGAAAGCCUGAACGAAUUUCUGGCAAGUGUGGAUGAAAGCAAUGCCAAAGAACGUACGGAGAAGGUUUAGGACUUUGUGGACAACAUAAGUGCAUGAUCUACGGUGUCCAACCUCGUACUGGGCAUGGUUAGAAUUGCAAUAAACUUAGAUAUAAACGGAGUAUGAAACUAAAUAUUCUAGAGUCGAGAAACUUCAUUACAAACCCGAGUCCAU